CGCCGGAAGCUAACACCGUCACGAGAGAGAAUCACACUCAUCAGUCUACGGUUUUCUCUUCCGCGGUUCGAAGCAUGCCUGAAUUGGAUGAAGAUGGUGCGAUUUGCGCUGGAUCUGCUCAUAUAUCGAGGUCUCAAAGCUUUGAGUUCAAUGAAGAUCCCGCUUUCUGGAAAGAUCACAAUGUUCAGGUUAUUAUAAGAACUCGUCCACUUAGUAGUUCAGAAAUUUCUGUACAAGGCAAUAACAAAUGUGUGAGGCAAGACAAUGGUCAGGCAAUCACUUGGAUUGGGAAUCCAGAGUCUCGAUUCACAUUUGAUCUCGUUGCUGAUGAGAAUGUUAGCCAGGAGCAGAUGUUUAAAGUGGCUGGAGUGCCUAUGGUGGAGAAUGUUGUGGCUGGUUACAAUAGCUGUAUGUUUGCUUAUGGCCAGACUGGAAGUGGGAAAACUCAUACUAUGCUUGGAGAUAUCGAGGGAGGAACACGUAGACAUAGUGUCAACUGCGGGAUGACACCUAGAGUUUUUGAGUAUUUGUUCUCAAGGAUCCAAAAGGAAAAAGAGGUCCGCAAAGAGGAAAAGCUACAUUUCACUUGUAGAUGCUCAUUUCUGGAGAUAUACAACGAGCAAAUCCUUGAUUUAUUAGAUCCAUCAUCUUAUAAUUUACAGCUAAGAGAGGACCACAAGAAAGGUAUUCAUGUUGAGAAUUUAAAGGAGAUUGAAGUUUCAAGUGCCAGAGACGUGAUUCAACAAUUGAUGCAGGGUGCUGCAAACAGAAAAGUAGCUGCUACUAAUAUGAAUUGUGCAAGUAGUCGAUCCCACAGUGUAUUUACAUGUAUCAUCGAAAGCAAGUGGGUAUCUCAAGGUGUAACUCAUCAUCGUUUUGCACGGCUUAAUCUUGUUGAUUUGGCUGGAUCUGAAAGGCAAAAGAGUUCAGGAGCUGAAGGUGAACGCCUCAAAGAAGCAACCAACAUCAACAAGUCUCUUUCUACAUUGGGGCUUGUGAUCAUGAAUCUCGUAAGCGUUUCCAAUGGAAAAUCAGUCCAUGUUCCUUAUCGAGAUUCGAAGCUCACAUUUCUGCUUCAGGAUUCUCUUGGAGGGAAUUCAAAGACAAUUAUAAUUGCUAAUAUUAGCCCAUCUAGCAGUUGCUCAUUGGAGACCCUAAGUACCUUGAAGUUUGCCCAGCGUGCCAAGCUUAUUAAGAACAAUGCAGUUGUCAGGAAAGAUGCAUCUGGAGAUGUUAUUGCUAUGCGGCUUCAAAUUCAACAACUCAAGAAAGAAGUAACAGACUACGAAGUUGCACUUGUUGGUGCUUUCAGAAGAGAGAGGGAAAAGGACGCUGCUUUACAGGCCUUGGCUGCUGAAAAUGAGGCCUCAAUGAAGUUGUUGCUAGAAGCUUUUGACUGGAAACUCAUGCACGAGUCAGAUUCCUCCAUGGUUAAAGAAGAUGGUAACAUCAGCAAUAUGUUCUGCUCAAACCAGAAUCAGGAAUCAAAGAAACUUUCGUCGAUCCAAGAUGAGAAUGAAUUCCUCCGGAUGCAGGCUAUUCAAAACUGGGCAGAAAUGGAAUCUCUUCAGAAGACGUUAAGUUUUUCACUUGAUGAGAAAGAGAGAUUGCAAAAGCUUGUUCUCAAUUUGUCUAAUGAACUUGAGGGAAGAAUAAGAUCCUCAGGCAUAGUUGGUGAUGAUGAUCAGAUGGAAGUUAUAACAAUGGUUCAAGCCAUUGCAUGUGCUAGUCAAAGAGAAGCUGAAGCUCACGAGACAGCAAUCAAGUUGUCGAAAGAAAAUGAUGACUUGCGCCAGAAAAUAAAGGCGGGUCUCGGGCUGAUGCAAGAAAGCCUAGGAACGGUACAAGAGGAGAUGCAGCGGGUAAACACUGGUAUCGACGACAAACUUCAACGGAUGGAGGUAUCCUUUAAACGUAUGUUGGAAGAGACAGUGAACCAGAUGCGUGAACUCAUCGUGACCAGCCGAGAGAGCGGUACUAGCACGAGUCGGGUACAGCGGCAGGCGGAAGAGCAACAGUACUCGAUGGAUCAGAGGAGCGAGAAUACAAAUCCGUUCGCGGGGGCGAGGUUUGACGCACGUCGUAUGCCAUGGGAGACAUUUGAAGCAGAGUUAUGGACAAGGUUUGGUCCAACAGAUGGAAUAGAUUUUGAAGAAGCCCUGUGUCACAUACGCCAAAAAGGGACGCUAAUUGAAUACCAGAGAGAGUUUGAGCGCUUACAAAAUAAGAAGAAGCGCAGCUUGGCGUUGUGUUUCAGCUGCGACGAGAAGUACACUCCGGGCCACAAAUGUAAACAGCCGCAGUUGUUUAUCAUGGAGAGUGAGCAUGAUGAGGCGGAGGAAGAAAACGAUGAGGGAGAGGAGGACCUCCGGACACCGGAGAUUACUCGUCACGCAUUGUCAGGUUGGGAUACAUCGACCACUAUUCGACUACACACAAAAAUCAGAGGACAUGGAUUGGUUGCGCUUGUGGACAGUGGCUCGACACAUAAUUUUAUUGGGGAGAAAGUAGCUCACGGACUCAAAUUGAAGGAAACGGCGAUGAAACCCUUUGAUGUGCGAGUCGCGAAUGGGAGUCCUCUCCGUUGUCGUCGGAAGUAUGAGAACGUGUUGCUCAGGCAGGGAGAAGCAGAGUUCAGCGUCACGCUAUACGCUCUACCAUUGGUGGGCCUAGAUUCAGUGUUGGGUGUACAAUGGCUAGAGAGUCUUUGAAGAUGCAACCACUGAAGGAGU